AUGACCAUCUACUCAAUCGCAUCACUCCGAGAGCGCCGAUGCGAGAUCAUUGACGACUAUGCGGCCCGCAUUCGCCGCUGCCACAGGCGAUACGACGAGCACCGCGCAGCUGUGGUCCAGCGGUGUCAGCCAUUACAAGACUCCAUUAAGUCCGGUCGGCAUGUGACUCGCCUGAACCGUACGCUGAUCCAAGCAUGCCGCGACCUAGACAUGCUGGAGCAAGAGGACAUCACACGACUCAAAGACAGUCGCUCGGCAGAACUCGACCUUCUCGACCAGUCACUUGUCCUGCCGCAUGGCGAAACGGAACCUAUGACGUUCGCGCAGUACGAGAUCCAGAUCCGACCAGGCCUGGUUGCCGAUGCGGCAAGACGUGCGAUCCUGUUUAGUGCGGCUGUGAUUCUUGCCCGCAGGAACACAGACCGAGCCACACACCACGACCUGCUGGACGAUUGGGUGAAGGAGUUUGACUCUGUGAAUUACAAUGCUUAG